CUCUCAAUCUCCUUCCUUCAUCUCUUCACAUGAUGAGCAGCAACAAAUUGAAUCCCUUGGAGAGUCCAGAGAUUGUUUCACUUGUUGGUGAAUUUCUAGACCAAGAUGAUCUCUUGAGUUGCAUUCGUGUCUCCAAAAUUUUCCAUAAUACACUCGUUAAAGCUUUAUGGAAGAAGAUCAUUGUUAAAUCAAGAUACCCUAGUGGGGAAGCACUGCAGAAUUACAAGCAACACAUCGAGGAUCUUUCGCUUUAUGGCAACUUCCCAAAGGAGUACGCGUUAUUGCAAGGUUGUGUUCGCCUCAAACGUAUCGGUUACUAUCCAGGAGUAUCCCAGGACUCUCUCACUCCUAAUCAACUUUCCAAUCUCAUCAAGGCCCACAGCUCCACUAUCAUUGAGCUUAGGCUCUACUAUUCAAGGUUACAGGAUAUAUGGGGAGCAUUGUUAAAGUGCACUUAUCUUGAAAACCUGAUCAUUCGUGAAGUAUAUAUACUUGAUGAUGAAAUCGAUCUCUUCUUUCAAGUUUGCAAGAAACUUCGGUGCUUAGACAUGACUAACGUAACCAUCGAUCAGCUACCUUCCAACUUCUUGGACGACAACACGGACAAAUUCAUUUUCUCCAAUAUGGACACAAUAGACCUUCAGGAUGUCUGUAUACUUAACCCUCCACUGCCGUAUACAUCAUCAUAUGGCAUUGGCAUGUUAGUCAGGAGAUGUCCAAGAUUACGUUCAUUAAAUUUCUGUAUCGAAAGGGUGCACUACAGCAUACGGCAAACACAUUUUGAUUUCUACAAGGCAGCGCUCCUUCAUCAACCCUACACACUGAUAAAACUAUCACAUCUAUUCCUUAUAAGCAUGCAAUUAAAGGACGAGGAAAUGGCGGCACUUCUCAAACAGAUGACUGAACUAAGGCAGUUAGUUGUCCCAGAAUGUGAUUUCGGUCCACUCUCUCUUCGAGAAUUACUAGCAGAUACACAGGAGAUUUGGGACGCUGGACACCUAGUGCGAAAAAGAAGGGAGCAGAGGCUCUGCGAUACAGUAGAAGAGCUGCACUUCUCUACGCUAAGCAAAAGGACGAAUGGCAUUGCUCAAGCGAUCUUAUCCAGCUGUCCACGUCUGCAGAGUCUGUGGGGACCUACAAUGACGGUGACGGAGGUUGUCAAUGGCGCAGAAUGGGUUAGCACUGGACUGACUGCCAUGGAUGUUGGUCUUGAGGUUGAUGUUGAUCAAGAGACCGCAGAAGGCAAGGACAAGGGCCGCAUUGUGUAUGAACGGGUCCGUAAAUUGACUCAACUACGGCCUUACGAUGCUUUAGAGUAUAGCCGUCUAUUAUCUUUUGCAGGCCUGACUUGAGAGAAGAGAUAAACGUGGAUGAGUUGGUCUGCUUUAGGGAUCUAUGUUUGCUAGUGGUAACCAAUAGCAGAUAUAGGGAAAUAGAAUUUAGAUACUAUGAUAGCGAAGAGUUAAGGGAUUAGAACUAGAAUUACUCUAUUCAAGUCCAGUACAUUGAUGACAGCUAAUGCCCCACCAAUUAAUAUAAAG